UUUCUCCAAUUGUGGGGCCAGCUGGGCUGUGGGGGGCGGGGGCAGGCCUCCAGAAACCUCUGGGGCUCCCCCCCCCAGCUCUGCCGGUGCCCCUCACUCCCGACCUGCAGCCCCCUGCCAGCCCAGCCCUGGGCUCCCCCCGCCCCCCAGCUCUGCCCCGGGUCACUGGUGCACUGACCCCAAAUGCUGACCCUCCACUGUGUGUCCGGGGGUCCCAGAUGCUGCCGUGGGGGGUGUUUGGUGGCAGGGCCCGGUGAAGUUGGGGUUCUGGGGUCACCAUGUGAUUCCCUCCGGCUCCUGCAGGGGGCGCAGGCUGCUGUCAAAAUCUCAGAAGCUGGAGACCAGGGAGCAGAGGGGGGGACCCCAGGGGAGUUUACAUUCAGCGCUGACCCCUCCCUGGAGGACAUCCGGCGGCUCCAGGCCGAGUUCGUGGCCGAGCGGGGGUGGGGCCGGUUCCACCAGCCCCGAAACCUGCUCCUGGCGCUGGUGGGCGAAGUGGGGGAAGUGGCCGAGCUCUUCCAGUGGCGGGCGGAGCCGGCGGCGAGGGCGGGGCUGCCGGGCUGGGCGCCGGGCGAGCGGGCGGCCCUGGCGGAGGAGCUGAGCGACGUGCUGCUCUACCUGGUCUCGCUGGCCCAGCAGUGCCGGGUGGACCUGCCCCGUGCCGCCCUGCGCAAGCUGGACCGGAACCGGGCCCGCUACCCGGCCCACCGCGCCCACGGCUCGGCCCGCAAGUACACCCACUACCAGGACCAGCCCCCGGACGCCUGCGGCCCCCAGGACUGACGGCCGGGCGGACUCAGACCCCGGCUGGGGGGCAACGCCACUCCCCUGGCGGAGAGACGGGGGGUGUCCCCCCCCAACCCCACCACUUCAGUCCCCCCCCAGUCCCAGAUUUCCCCCCUGUUCAUUCCACCCCAGCUCCCCCUUUCUACAGCAACCCCCCUGCCCGCAGUUUAUCAACGACCCCCCCAUCCCAGAAGCCGCCCCGCCUGUCACCCCAGGACGCCCCCCCAGAGUUCAGUUCUGAGUUUGUCUCUUUUUCUUGUUGUUUUUAAGUAAUAAAAACCUUCCCUUUUCGGGGA